AUGGGAGGAGUAGUUGACGUUUGACAGCCAGCUCACUGUCGGAGCCUUUACAAAAUAGCUAAAAUGUAACAUAACUUUAAUUUAAAAACCUUUUUAAGAGCUGACAAUACGAUACACUAACCGAUUACAUUACACUAGGUUCAUCGCUGACCAUUGAUGCUGUCCUCUGAUAAAUAUUGUUCCUGCCAAGGCUACGAACGACAACAAUUUUGCGCGAGCGUAGCCUCCUGUCAAGUUAGCCUCCCGUAAAGCUAGCCAGUUAGCUUAGCUUGUUUGCCACCGUAGCAAGCUAGUUAGCUAACUACACUGCCCAAGCCGCCAGCUAUUUUUAGUGCCAUAGCCACACAAAGGCGUAGCCCCUUCACGACCUGUGAAUUUAUUGUCUCCCAUGUUCUCUUUAAGUUAAUAAUUUGUACAAAAUGUCAACGACAUCAUUGGAUAAGGAAUUGCAGGAGCGCUUGAGAGAGGCGUCUGCAAUUGGAGACAUCGACGAGGUACGGCUUUUAGUGGAAAGUGGAGUGAAUGUCAACUCUCAAAAUGAAAUAAACGGAUGGACAUGUUUGCAUUGGGCAUGCAAAAGAAACCACAAAGCGGUUGUGUCGUACCUGUUGAGCUCUGGAGCUGACCAGGAGAUCCUCACGCCAAAGAUGAGCUGGCUGUCCAUUGAGGAAGAGGAUGUGCCUGAAAUCAAGGAGCCUGAGUUGCCAAUCAUCCCAAACUAUCUGUCCAACCCUCCGUUCAUGUACAGCAAGAUGGACAACAAGGCUGAGCUCAUACUGGCACAAUUGACCCAAAAUGGCAACGGAGACCACUCUGACGACCCACACAGCGACCCAGCUUCCCUAUCACCCAGCCACGAGAAACAGCAAACCCAGCAACCGCAGAGUCUGCUCUCUGACACGCCGAGCCCCAGGGAGGGGCUUUCAUUCCGGUUGCGAGCAGAACGGUGCGUUGCCAAGCCCCGCCUCGUCCACACCGUUAAAUGGUGGCCUUCCCAUGGACCUGUCCAUGGAGCCCCAUCUGGUCAACCACGGGGACUACACCCACUCGGUGGCCGGAGCGGGCCUGUGUGCUCCCCACCCCUGGCCUCCCCCAGCCCAAGCAACGGCAGCAGCGGCAGCCAGGCCCAAGUGGCCAACGCCAACCCCUCCAUGACCCGGCAGCAGUCCGUCCCGCAGCAGCUCAACUGUGGCCAGGGGGCCGGGGGAAACGUGGCCGCCUUCCAGCCCUUCUUCUUCACCAGCACGUUCCCUGUCAACGUGCAAGAGCUGGUCCUAAAGGUGCGUAUUCAGAACCCCAAUGCACGGGAGAACGACUUCAUAGAGGUGGAGUUGGACCGCCAGGAGCUGACCUACCGAUCGCUGCUCCGGGUUUGCUGCCGUGAGCUGGACAUCAGUGCUGAACAUGUGGAGAAGAUCCGUAAACUGCCCAACACCAUGCUCAGAAAGGACAAGGAUGUGGCUCGGCUGCAGGACUUCCAGGAGUUGGAGCUGGUCCUGGAGAAGGCCGAGGGCCUGUCGCUCCUUUCUGGGGCCGGAGGACUCACCGACAGGCCCUGCUACAACAUGAAGGCCUCCAGACUCACCUACUAGAAUCCCACGGCUGGAGACGAGACUAACGAACACACCCAGGCCGACACCGAUGUCCGCGUGGACCCUGCCUAGCGCUUCACUAGCUACUUUUCUUGUUAGUCCGUUUUGCUUUAAUUAUGAUUCAGCGAUCUGCCAGCGUUAUUUGGUUUUGUUUCAGAAUUCUGUUGUGUUAGCUUUGUAACGUCAUCCUCCUCGUCCUCGCCUCGCCCCCCUGAUAGUCUGUACCCAAGCAGUGACAGAUGACACAUCAGUCAUGUCCUGAAGGACUCAUCCUCUGGCCCAAUCCCUCCCCCCUCUGUAGUCUGUGUUGUGUUAGGCUGUUGAGGGACAGUGACAGUCUUCCUAGAUGGCUUACUGUGUGUACUGUACGUGGAUUCUGCUCCCUUUGUUACUGGGCAUUAACCGUACAUGGACUUGGCUCGUGGAAGAAGAGCUGUUUGAUUUGGGUUGAUUAUAUUUGAAUAUCUCUUCCUGAUGUAGGCCUAAAACCGUGGUGGUUUAGUACAAUGUUGCAGCACGGCUGACUUGCUCAGAGCAACAAGCAGUACUGAUGCUGCCGGUGACUGCUGCUGUUCCAGCUGGCAUUCACACUCAUGCUGCACACAGACAAACCAACACUAGUGAUAUUUUCCUUGAGUUUUUCUACAUGUUGUCACACUAACUUUGUUUUGUGUGUGGAUGCCUGAUGGAGUUAUUUCUAGAUGUGUUGCUUUGCGCUGUCUUUUGCCACUUGAAGUUAGUGAUAUUUAUUUGGGACUUCAAGUUUCAUCCAUGUUGGUAAGACAAUGGCUCUGUUUCUUAAAGAACUAUCUUUGUUAGGUAGAAGAUAAUGGCCUUCUAACAGAUGCCAUGUUAGUCACCUGCACAUACCUGAUCUGGAAUUCAAUCAAACAAGCUAUGUGGAAACAUGUAUAAUUGCUAGUGCUCUAUGACAAAUUCAUACUUUUAAUUUGACUUAGUUUGCUGCAGCAAAACACAACUAAUUUACAUCAUUAUGUAUUUGGUUUUGGGGCAGUACUUAGAUUUUCUAUUAUUUGGUUCUGUUUGGUUUGUGUGAGAUACAAUUUAACAGUUGUUGGGAAUAGAAGUCGACAGGCAUUUUGAACUGUGAAUUUAUUUUGUUAGACCAUUCUUAUAGAUUUUAAGCAGAAACCACUUGGUGGAAAGUAAAAUGAUAUUCCAAUCAGAAAUUGUCUCCCCUGAAAUGGGUUUCUUAAACAGUUUCUGAUUUACUUAAUUAUGUAUUCUGUGAUUAGAUAGAAACCAAAUACAAACUUAGCCAGCAAAAUAGUCAGGUUGUUUCACAAAGUCAUAAUUAUUCUGUUUCUGAAUCGCUUUAUAAAGUCGUUUUUUGUUUUUUCGAAACUGAGUAAUGUAGCAAUGAACAGAUUGAAAGAAUUGUUGACAAUUUAAUACAUUUUGAAAUAUAGAGGUUACGUUUGAAAGCUUCCAGUACAAUUUUCUCGAUCCAUUCUGUCUAAGCGGUUGGUUCAGAUAUAUAGUGUAUUUUUAGAAAUACAUUCAUAUUGUUCCACAGAGAAUGUUUAAACAUGUAACCUACAUAACAUGUAAGCUUGUCAGACAUUUUCUUGAGGGUCCCUUAGGUUUAACAUACUGACAUUUUACUUUAGUCAAGUCAUGGGCUGUUUUUUUUUUUUUGUUUUUUCUUUAAGAAUUACAAUCCAUAAACAAUAUUGCACAUUAGUGUUGAAUCGGUAUGGGUGCAUUGAUUGAAAAUGCCUAAAAUCCUUGUGACAAACACAUCCCAAGACUAAGUCAUUAACUAACAGGUCCCAUGCUGGUUAUUUUCCAUUUAACAGUACAGUAAGUGCACUGCUACUGAUGUUGUCAACAAUCAACCAUCGGUUACUCUGAAGUCCUUAAUACUUUGUGUCAGCCUUAUGUUUAAGCUCUAGCUGUCUUAGUAUGUUUUACAAUUAUAUAUUUAUUAGUUUAACUUUUUUAAUGAACAUUUUACUUAGGUUGUAUCAAUGCUAGAAGUAUGGAAGAGUUUAUCAGAGGGGUUGAAUGUGAAGGCAGACUGCAGCUAGGAAUGGAAGUAUUUAUCCACAGACCUUUUGCUGGUGAGAACAGGUUCCGUGUUUGCAAAUGAAAGACCAACUUGAAAGUGUCAAACGGACUAUCAACUGCAAUUAUUUACUGUUCCUAACUAUAUUGGUUGCUUUAUAAGUGAUGUUUUGCCACGAUAGUGAGGGCUGCUUGUUUGUAGAAGCUGGACAAUAAUGUUUGGGAAGACUCUGGACAUUUUGGGCCCAAUGAAUGAUUGAAUGAAUGAAUGCCAGUACCAGUUUUCUAGACCUUGAGUCUUCUAGAGAUUGGUCUGGAUUUGUUAAUGGUUCUGUGCUAAUGGAUGACUAAUGUUGUACUGAUUGAUUGCUCAUGUUCUAGAGAAAGAAUACAGUCUGACUUGACCUAUGCAUUUAGAGUGAUAUUUUUAUAUGUCAUCUGUACCUCCUUAUAGGCACUGUUUAACAUGUUUGAUUCCGAAGACCUAUACCUGUUCUUUGAUAAAGCAUGGUGGAUAACUUGA